AUGUCGAACUUCUCCAAUCAGCUCGAAGAAACCAAAGCUCUAAUUCGUUCAGAAUCGAAUUCGGACAAGUCUUUUGGUUACUCGACUCUCCUACACCUCCAGGAACACUCAUGUAACGAUCAGUCUUCAAUCGGAGGACUGGCCGAUGGAGCUCAUGCUCUUAUCUCAUUGAUAGCUGUGGAUAUAGCGGAUGAUGACGAAGAAAUUGCUGCACAGGCCUUGAAGUGUUUGGGAUUCAUGAUAUACCAUCCAUCCAUUGUUGCCUCAAUUUCAGACAACAGUAAUCACAUUCAGCGAAGAAAAAAAGGGAGACAGGAACACUUAAUUGAAUAUCAGUUCAAUAAAAUAAGCAGCACGAUCAUUCAUGAAGGAACACAGUGGAACUUUUUAAACAAAACGGUCUCUGGACAUUGGACUGUGACUGUUGUUGGCUUGUUGCUGUUUGUAUUAUGUGGAGUUUCCUACAGGGGAUGUUCUAUUGUUAAUGAAUUCAUCUUUUUUUAUCGUGUUGCAGCGGAUGACAUAAUGUUAGUUCUUCAAUCAUUGGCUAAACUCAUCACAUCCACGAAAAUGAAGACCAUUUCUAAUUUGGGCAUUUGGUGUAUAUCCGUUCAGCAAAUCAAUGCAUCAUUUCUGUCUUCUCACUUCCAUUUGUUCUUGCGGGCAGUUGUUCAUGCCCUUGACAAUCCCAUUGGCUCCUUAUCUACGACGUUUGAGGCUAUGCAGGCUGUUAAGAAGUUGGCGUCUCAAGUAAGUGAGAAUAUGAGAGAAUCAUCACAUUUAUGGGCUCCUCCAAUAUACAGAAGGCUUCUUAGUGCUGACAAGAGAGAGCGUGAUAUGUCAGAGAGGUGUCUAUUGACGAUAAGAUUUAUGAUAUUUCCUCCUCCAUCAUUUCUCUCCAAGGCACUUGCAGAAGAUAUGAAUGGAAAAUUGCUCGCUGGGAUGAAAGAACUGUUGGAUCAGGGGAGAAAACUUCAAACUAUGCAAGCAUGGGGAUGGUUUAUUCGCUUAUUAGGACAACGUGCUUUGAAGAACAGGCAUUUAAUUAAUGAUAUGCUGAAGAUACCAGAACAGACAUUUUUGGAUAAAAAUCCGCAAGUCCAGGUUGCUUCACAGGUUGCAUGCGAAGGUCUUAUUGAUGCUCUUAUUCACCCCCCAGAUUUUACUUGUGUGACAAAUGUAGCUACAAAGAAUAGUGCUCAAGAAGGAAAAACCUCCAUGGAAAAUAGCAGCAAAGUUCCAGCUAGUAGCAUGUGUAGUAGCAUAAAGCUCAUUAUGACACCCCUGAUAGGCAUAAUGUCAAGUAAAUGUGAUGCAUGUGUUCACUCAUCGUCCUUGAGCACGUGGUGUUAUCUACUAGAUAAACUUGGCACCUGGAUCAACCAUCCAUCAAUUGUAAAAUUGACACUGGAUCCAAUCCUUCAAGCAGUGUUUUGUAUGGGACCUAACAGUAAGAAUUUAUGGUCAUGGAAUCUUUGCCUAGAUCUGCUUGACGACUAUAUAUUGGCAAAAUUUCAACAUGUAGACAGUAAAUCCAAUAGUCAAGAGAGUCACAAUUUAUCAGCUGGUGCCUGCAUGCUUAGGACAUCUGCCAAAUGCUCAUUGAAACAUUAUCCUGUUAAAUGGUUGCCAUGGGACCUUAGUCAGUUCGAAUUCUUUCUGAAGAUGAUAAAUAUUAUCACCAGCCAUAUAUCAGCUGGACCAGCUUCCCUCGACAAUGUUAAUUCAGCAUCUGUUGCGGCCUUAAGGAUUCUUAGAUCAGUUUUGAAAGGGGUCCAGGUUGAGUUAAAAAGUUCAUCUUCUACUUAUAAUGAGAUCAUGAUGUGCUUGAAUACAUUAUUGCAUUUUGUGAAGAAGACUUGUGAAGAUGUACAUUCAGAUGGCAGAGGAAGGAAUGACUUACAUCUUACUGCCCUCCAGUUUAUAGAGGUUGUCACUGAGGAGCUAGAGCCUUCAAUCUUGGGAUCCACUCUUUACAAGGUUCCACUGGACCCAAAGCACAUAGAAAACAUGCAGUUAGCUUAUAAUAGUAGAUAUGCAAUACCUGCUGGUAUCAAUUCCAUUGCUUACAUGGACAUGGUUUCACCGGCAGUUUAUCUAGUUGUGCUCUACAUGUGUAAGGCAAACGAGUCAAUCCUGAAUGGACAUGGCAGAGAGUUCAUUCUACAGCGAGUCCAUGCAUUUUUUAAGUUCAUAUUAUUUUUAUACGAUCCUCUGGAAAGUCUUUCUGCAGCUGUUGGUUUAUUAUAUAAAUACUUGGGAUUUGGCUAUUUAUGGAUAUGGAUACCAAUAGCUGAAGCACUUAAAGAUUGCCUUGAUGGUGUGGAGAAUGUUUCUCUAUUGAAACUGCAGUCUGAUAGCCCUGGUUAUCUUACCAUGUGCCAUCUCUUAUUGUAUCCAUUUGUUGUAGGCUGCUGCCUCAAGCUAAGAAUCAUCCCAGUGGACAUCAGUGGCUUGCCAAUUGAGAGCCAUGAAUUAUCAGAGAAAAAACUUGAGUUUGGGUGCGCUGUUGAAGUGUGGAAGUUAGUUUAUGUUUCUUGUAGUUCCUCAAACUUAGAGUCUUCGAUACAAUGCUUUCCUGAGGAGCUGUUUUCAAUGCUAAACGAAUGCUUUGAAAAAAAUACUAGCAUGCUUGAAUUUGACACUGAAUGUGAUUUAAGUGACAAAAAUCUGGAUCUUGGUUUCGUUCAUUUAUUUGGCAGCAUUGUUCUAUGUGGUCUGGAACAGUUCUCAACUUCAGAGACAAGUUCAGAAGGAAACAGAAGUAAACAUGAUGGAAAUAACGGAAUAUUAGGGGGAAUCAACUGUCGCUUGGGUUUUGCUGCCCGGGUUGUACUGCAUCGCUUUUGGCGGUGCAACAAGGCUGCAUGCUUGCAUCUGAUCGCUGCUGUUCCUGAUGAGCUUGUUGUUGAGGCAAUGGAGUUUAGGAUUUCAGAUGAGUUUCUAUUAUUCCAUUCAAGAAAUAUCUUACAUGAAAGAAUUGUUGACAAAGGAUUCUUGGAGUUUUCAUGGACAAAGAGAGAGAAACACAAAUCACCUGGCCAUUUUGAGAUGUCAGGGUAA